UGCCAGUGCCAGUGCCAGUGUGUCAGUACCAGGUAUUGAACCAACCCUAUCCAGACCUGCAUUCUUGGUUGUACUCAAAUUAAGGACCUGAAAGAGGACUUACGCACUUUGAUCAUUGAAAGAUUCCCCGAUUUAAACACCACCGAGACGGGGUCAAAUUGUUCCUGUAAACUUAUAUCGAUAUUUUGACAGAGAGGAUAUUUUGCAUUUCUUGAACACCGUGUGUUGUUGGAACGUCCCCGGAGAAAGGCUCAGUGGGGGUACGAGAUGUAGUACAUACAUUGGAUAUUUGCACCUGGAACACAACCCGUUUUGAAAGGUCCUUGCACCGAGAGAGAGCAAGAUAGUUGUAGUACCUGUAAGUUUUGUCAGAGAGGAUAUUUUCACCUUGAACACGGAGUAUUGGGAAGCCUUCAGAGACAGUUGCACCUAGAUCCUAUUGAAUUGGAAGGUUCCCGCAGUUAAAAAGCACGGAGGGAGUAAAAGAUAUAUAGUACCUGCACGUUUUGACGGCGGAAAUUUGCACCAGGAACCCCGCGUGUUGAAAGGUCCCGGGAGUUAAACAGCACAGAGGGUGUAUAUCCCCGUAUUUUGUGACAGAGAACAUUGUAUCAGAAGGUGGGGCCCGGAGUUGUAAUUGUAUAUCAAGCACGAAGAGAUGGGUGAAGCAAAGCACCGUCCCUUGUCGACUUCAAGUCACCAGCCCGACAAGAAGACCUGGAGAGUUGUGAGCAUCCUCCUCGGAGUGAUUUGUGGAAUUCUUUUGAUUGUGUGUGUGCUUUUGGGCAUCUUUUUGGCACAUGCAGUAGCGGGCAAAGGACCGAGAGUUUGCUCGACCCCACGGUGUCUGGCUGAUGCCGGUCGCAUCAAGGGGUAUUUGAACACAUCUGUGGACCCGUGUGACAAUUUCUACGAUUUUGCCUGCGGGAACUAUCCUGAGGAUAACCCCUUUGAUGUGAUAGGACGAGAAGUUUUGGAGAUGGUCCGGCGAGGUCUUGAGCAAGACAUCGAAAAUAAUGCUACGAACUCGACAGAGAGAAAAAUGAAGGAGUUUUACGCCUCUUGUAUGGAGAGUGACGUCACGGAAGACCGGAAGAUGGCGGAAGUGAUAGACAUGGUGAGAAAAAUAGGCGGGUUCGGCCCCAAUCUGCCUGCGGAUAAAAUGAAUCUGUACGAGUUUAAUCCAGUUUAUUUCGACUUUGACGAUGCGUUACAGUAUGUCCAAUUCAACCUCUCUACUGAUGCUACCCUUUCCGUUAGUGUUAAACUCGAACCAAAUACUGAAACAGAUAGGUUGGAGUCCUUCAUAUCGAUUGCGUCAAAAUAUCAAUUCCUGUGCACCAUCCUCGAUGGUGAUUUUUACAACGACACUAAAGCGCAUGCUCAGAGGAUGAGCGAAUGUUUCGGCGGGAAGUCACAAAGUGGUAAAAGUCAAUUCGCAAACGACGUCGUGGAAGUUAUUAUGUACUACUGCAAGAAGGACGACACGGAAUCGAUCGCGAAUUUCACAACUAAAAGAAUGACUUGGAAUGAACUGAUGACAGACCAACCCUGGUUAAAGAACAGUAAGAUUGACUGGUCAAGCCUGUUUGAGAAGCCGUUCCGGGAAUGGAACCAUCAGCCAUUUGAAAUCAGCGAAUCUGGUGUUUGGAUGAUGAAACAGCUCAGCGACAUUUACGAAAAUCUCAAUGUGAGGAAGUUCCGUAACUAUCUGAUCUAUGUGUUCCUUGAUGAAAGCCGACGAGGGAUGCCGAAGUGUAUCGAUGACGCCGAGUAUGGCAAAUCAACCCCUGUUCGCGAUCCAAUGGAAGGCACCACAAUAUGGAAGCGAUGCAUCAUGGAAAAAGUCAAUCCUACGUUUUCAUUGGGCAUCCUGGCCAUGUUGGAGAAACAGAUGGAUCACCCUAUCGUCACAGAUGAAAAGUUACGCAAGAUUGUCGAAGAGAUCCGCGCGGUCAUACUCAAGAGGAUCACGGCCCUACCAUGGCUAGAUGACUAUCUCAAAGAAAGAAUAAAGAAGCGUGUUGAAGACAAGGUGGUCAUGCUCGGGGGCCCACGACGGGUGCUCGACGACGAUUUUGUGGACCGGUUUUUCAAAAAUUUGCAUAUCAACAAAUCUCUACCAUACCUUGUGAAUGAUAUCAACGCUAAGAAGUUCCAGAGGUUAAUGCAGGCGAUCGCCCUGAGGUCGCCGAACAUACACUACCAUUUGUACAUAAAAAGCACCGAUGCCAUGUUCGUGAAUGCAAUGAACGAGGUGUACCUUGGAGGCCUUGUCAUGUUUUGGUCCAUCUUGAGGUCGCCAUUCUACAAUUAUCAUUCUCAGGAGUAUCUACAAUAUGGUAGCAUUGGAGGGAUUAUUGGACACGAAUUUGGACAUGAUUUUGACGGCGUUCACACCUACGAGACUUGGGCGAACCAGACGGAAGUCCCGGAAUUAGUGAAGUCCGAGUCAUGCCUGCAAGAUUAUUACCGCAAUAUUAAUUAUACUGGAUGGGAGCCUCCUCCUCAGGACCAAGGUGUAGCAAUGUCUAAUCAAGGAAUACCAGACGUCGUUGGAGUGAAAUGGGCAAUUGAGGCUUACAGAAAGCACGUGGCCGAUAGAGGGCGUGAAGACGACAUACUGGCUGGACUUCCCUACACCCAGGAGCAACUGUUCCUGAUUUCAAAAACACAACUGUGGUGUAAUAACGGUGAGGCGUUCAUGACCAUCAGGAUGUUAGGAUCGGAAGGGUUAAACCCAUAUUUUCCCGAAAUCUUCAACUGCCCGAAAGAUGCGCCGAUGAACCCCGAAAACAAGUGUAACCUCUGGUGAUGGGACUGUUAUCUCUAAUUUCAACAAAAUUACGAACAUAUUAUUGUGGCAUUAGAACUGAGUCGAACUGCCUUGCUUCUUAGAUAAAAAAACGAAAUUAUAGGGUGAUAUGAAUAAAGACUAGUAAAUGAUUUUACUUCAGUUUUGUACAGAAAGGCCUAGUGUAAAUGUACAUGGUGUUUUCAGUAAAAGCAAUUGCUAGUCUUUAUUCAUAUCACCCAUAAUAUGUUUAUAGAUUGGCCAUGGCUUGUUUGGUAAAAACACUGCUUGUUCAUAAAAUACUACGUACACUCCGCCCGCAGUGUACCGGCUUCGUCCCUCAGCCAAUGAGACAGUGAAUAUGAUGACGAAAUGGACUGCCACGGGAGUCUGGUAUGCGGUUGAGCCAUGCACCAUAGUGCAUGGCUAAAUCAAUAACAGCAUGAUCGCGGUCCCACAACGCCAAUAGUCAACCUUCUGUCCUGCUUCUAUGAAUACGCGAAAAACGCGUGCUGACACAGUGCUUUAUCAAGAUCAAGACAGUGAUGAAAAAAGGCGCGAGAGGUGGCUAUUCACACUUCGUUCAACCAUGCCAUUCCAUUACGCACCACUGCUCAUUACAGAUCCUGGUUUGUAACGCCAUUUUCCCAGGGACCGAAAAGGACAGAGAACAGAUCACGCACUACAAUCUUAUAACAAUGCACACUAUACAUUGUAUAUACCCGCAAUGGCUAUCUUAAUACAUGCAAUCAAACGUUACUACAAACAUGAAAAAAAUGUUUCGUAAGACAAGCUCAUUGAUCUACAUAUAAGAUGAACGUACAUAUUUAAUUCAAUCAGAAACCCUAAUCUUUGGUGACAUGACCAAAAGAAAUGAACGCCUCGAGAGCAUUGUUUCGGUUCGUACGCUCUCAAUUAGACCGGCCUGGCCCGUCCCACUUCAUUUCGUCAGCCCCGGCGGUCUCGCUCCUAACAGGCUGGAGAAUCGUCCGUGGUCCGCGGCUCCCGAUUUGUUCCCGAUGCUGCAGAUAAAUAUACAUGUAUAGUUUUAAUUGUCAGUUGUAUAAGUAUAUUUUGAUAAAGAUGUGAGUUUGUGUUGUUUUCAAUAAAAACCUUAUAGCUCAAAUAUCAAA